AUGGAUGUGGCGGACGGUUGCGUGUUGGGGGAAAAGUCGCUUGAGGCGGAGGAAUUGGAGGCGUCUGCCGAUGUUCUCGAGCCUCGCACGGUGCGAAUCCCCGCAACGACAGUUUCACAAGAAGGUGAAGUGAUUGAUGCCGCGUCUUUUGUGCCACGGACGCCUUUCUUGAGCGCCCGAACCUUUUUGUCUUCAAAAGCAAAGCGUGCAACAGACGCAGUCGAUCCGUUCCAGCCAAACACACUGCCCACGGGCGACUACUUCAUUCCGCGUCGCCGGCUUGGCCUCAGGGGCAUGACAUUUAAAACUCAAUGCAAACUGUCCGUGUCACCGUCGAAGAAAGCUCGGGAGGUUGGUGCGCCAUACAAGGAGUCACAUAGCAAGAGGUUCCGUGAUCGUGUCAUGGAUGCACGGGAGUGUUUGUCCAAUGAUGACAGGGUCCUCCUUCUUGUACGCGAGAGGAAUGAUUGCAAGGCGGAGCUGCGGGAAAAGUGCGAGCAGAUAAAAAAGCUUGAAGUAGCCCUUCGCGCGGUGCGUGCGCAGCUGGCAAGGGAUGCCACUAAGCCUGGGAGCUCUGUUGCCGAACAGGGGAACUCUAUCAAUGAUUUGCGGGUGACGCGUCUCGUGAGUGAAAACAACGAUUUGGAGAAGAAUUUGCGCGAGGCGAGAGCACAGAUCUCGACUUGGAAGCGGGAUGCUCGCGUUUCCCAUCUGCAGGAAUUGAAGUUGGAGCUCGCAGUCUAUCAAUCCGAGGUUGCCCGCCUCUAUUCCGUGUUACAAGGCGGUCGAGAGAGGGAUUUGCGGAAGAGUUGCGUUGAGUCUCGCCUUCGAGAGGCUCUCGAUGCGGUGAAACGAAAAGGCGACAUCAUUCGAGAAUUAAGAGAGAAACUCUCAGAGAAUGCCGCGGCCCUAAGCCGCUCUUUAGAGGAUGCCAUGCGGUCCCAGAGUACUGCAGAGCAGCUUCAGGAAGAAAAUGGGGCUCUUUGCAAAGAACUACAGGUGCUAAGGAAGGUAUCCAUUGAAUUAACACAUAAUAGAGAAGAGUUGGAGCGUACACGUGAUGAUCUUAGGGAAACCGGAAAGGAGCUUCACGAGUAUAAACGGCUUAUGGGAAGGUUGGGUAGCCCUGCUGAGAUCUUCACCAUCAUCAAGGAGCGUGAUGCUAUACUGAAUAUGUUGAAGGAGCAAAAUGCGCGUGAGGAGGCUCAACGACGGGAGUUUACACGUCAACUAGGAGAGGCAAGACAAAAUAUGGAAAAGUGUAUUCAAAAGGCUUUACAAGAGGAGCGCGCGUUGGCGAAGGACAAGGAAGCGCAACUACGACACACCUGCAGGAUGUGGAAGGAGCAGUACGAACGCUUGGUACUAGACAGUGCGACCGGCCGAGAACUGCAGGAAAAACAGAUGCAAACUCAAAAAGAACGGCAAGAAGAAAGACAGCAGGAGCAGCGUUUGAUUUUGAGUAAAGUGCCGUUGCAAUCAAACGAGCAGAGCCAACCGAAGGAGGUUCAGAUGAGGAACAGGUUGGAGUCACAAUCAGUCAAAUUGCCAGUAGUACCUCUCCAGACCCCGUCUCAUGCGGGCGUGACAUCGAAAACGUCUCUUUCAAUAUCGAAUUUACCAACAUUUAAAGAGAGUCAUUGUGGUAGCGGUAUCAAUAAUGAUAGAGCCUUUCUUGCGGAGAAUGUCCAACAGGAUGAAAUUGACCGUAGUAGCAUUAAAAAGGAGGAGGGACAUGAGAGCUGUUUGUCAGGCCACCAUGGUCACUCUGCGGAUGAAAAUCACAGUAACUCCAGUGGGCUUGCCUGCGUUUUUCAGCAGCCUUCCGCUACCGCUGCCGCCGCCGAUACCAUUGAAGAGGAAGAAGUUUUUACGAUGCCGGCAAAAGGAAGCCCGAAGCGCUCGGAAACUGAAAAUGUCGUGGCGGGCAUAGGCUCAAACGGAAUUGGGGAUCUCUUGGAGGUUCCUCAUAUUCCAUUGGCGAAUGGAUGUUCCGUUGAAAUGACAUCGGCAAACUCAUUAACGAGAAACGCAUCUCCAAUAGCAGAUGUUGCAUCGAUGCCUUUUUCUAAACUCGACAAAAACUCGGAGGAUUCUCUUCCGAUAAGUUUGAAGGUGCCACCGUCACCUCCAGCCGCGGUACCUGCUCUUCCUGCUGGUGACUCUUCAACGUCUGCCGUCCAUUUAGCUUCCAGCGUGUCUGACGUGCCCGGUGAUUCUGCUGGUGAAUAUUUUAAACCGAAAAGCCGCUAUCAAGAGGAGGAUUUAUGGGAAACUGUAAGUCCUGUUGAGGAGGACGAGUCGUUCACUGUGCAUCACGUGGAAUUGUGA